GAAAGCGAACCGCCAUGGAUCAGCAGCAGAGAGUAGGAGCUUCUCAGUAUCGUCCUCCGCCUCCGGGCCAAGGCGACGGCGGCGAUUCCUCCUCCAUUCUCUUCGUCCUCGUCGCUUUCCUCGCCAUCUUCGCUAUGGUAGUGCUGCCAUCUGUAUCAACCAUCAGCAAUAGCUUUUCGAUUUUGCAUCAAGUCCCGGAAGGUCAUGUUGGAGUUUAUUGGAGGGGAGGUGCUCUUCUAAAGACUAUUACAGAUCCAGGAUUCCAUCUCAAGCUGCCUCUGAUAACCCAGUAUGAACCUGUUCAAGUGACCCUUCAGACCGAUCUAGUAAGGGAUAUUCCAUGCGGUACAAAAGGGGGUGUCAUGAUCGACUUUGAGAAGAUUGAGGUUGUAAACAGGCUGCGUAAGGAAUACGUGUACGAGACACUUCUCAAUUAUGGUGUGCACUAUGACAAGACAUGGAUCUAUGACAAAAUUCAUCAUGAGAUCAAUCAGUUCUGCAGCUCAAACUCUCUUCAAGAUGUCUAUAUUGAUGUGUUUGAUCAGAUUGACGAGAGGAUGAAAGACGCUCUUCAGGUUGACUGUACCAGAUAUGCCCCAGGUAUCGAAAUUAUCAAUGUGCGUGUCACAAAGCCUAAAAUCCCUGCUAGCAUCCGAAGGAAUUUUGAGCAGAUGGAAGAAGAGCGCACCAAGGUCCUGAUUGCUAUAGAGAGACAGAGAGUGGUAGAGAAAGAAGCAGAAACCAGGAAAAAGAUGGCUAUUAGUGAAGCUGAGAAGAAUGCUAAUGUCAGUAAGAUUCUCAUGGAACAAAAGCUGAUGGAGAAGGACAGUUCCAGGAGGCAGGAAGAAAUUGAAAAUGCCAUGUAUCUAGCUCGGGAGAAGAGUCUUGCAGAUGCUGAUUUCUACAAAGUUAUGAAAGAAGCUGAAGCAAACAAGUUGAAGCUCACUCCACAGUUCCUUGAGCUAAAGUUUAUCCAGGCCAUUGCUGAAAAUACAAAAAUCUUCUUUGGCGACAAGGUACCCAAUAUGGUUCUAGAUCAGAGGUUGCUGGGUAACUUCUUGAAGGUUUCCAGAGAGGCGGCCAAAGAUGUAACCAAAGAAAUGACUGGGGAAGCUAAUGCAGUCGGUGGAGAAGCUGGUAACUCUGAAGUUGAAUAUGCCUAAGAAACACACUGGGUAAUGCUUUAGCUUGUGUAGGUAUAAACAUAGUGAGAACACAGUAGGAAGAAAAGGUUAUGAUUGGACUAGUGUCCUGUUAACAUCAUUGAGCCUAAUAUUCCAGGAUGUUACUUGAAAAGUUGCUACCUCAAAACAGCCUUUUUCUAGUCUAGCUGAGUGGCAUACUGUUUUCGCCCUUGGGUUCGUGUUAAAACUUUAAAGGGUGCUGUCGUAAAUCCCUGUCUAUGAACUUUGCUGACCAGAACUUUUCUCUAUGUCCAUCUCCGGUAUGUUUGCUACUUGUAUCAAUGGCUCUGAAAGUUUUUAUCAUC